AUGUCUUCGAAUAAGAAGUGUGUUUACCUUGAUGAGGUCAAGCCGUGGAAAUGGACUUGGUUGAUAAAUGUGAAAGUCCUGCACACAUGGAAACCAUCAUUUACCGGGUUUGGGGAAAGUAUGGAAAUCAUCUUUGCUGAUAAAAAGGGCUUCAAAAUACAAGCUACAUGUAAGAAUAAUUAUAUGAAAUCAUUGGGGGAUGAAUGUAUUGUGGGUGAAUGGAAGACUGUUGAGAACUUCCAAGUCAGUCCGGCUGGAAAAACUUUCAGACCAACAAAUAACAUCCACAAGAUCACUUUCAUCAAGCAAACAAUUAUCAAGACAUCUGAUGUGGAAAACGAUGACAUGUUCCUUGCAUUAGCAUCAUUUGAUUCUGUUCUCGCUGAUAUUAUUGGUCAGGCCAUAGAUGUCUCAGAGCUUCAAACUCUCAAUUGUGUUGGAAAGGAGAGGAAGAAAAUUGAAUUCAACUUGAGAGACAUUAACGAUCAACGAAUUGCAUGUUGUUUGUGGGGUAAGUUUGCUGAAAUUAUGGAUUCUCAUAGAGAAGAGGCACAAUUUGGAGUUGUUGUGUGUCUGCUCCGAUUUGCAAAACUCGGUUCAUUUAGAGGUAAAAUCCAAGUGUCUAAUGCUUAUGAUUCGUCGCAAUUGAUUUUUGAUCCCAACAUCAAAGAAGUCGAGGAGCUUAAAGAAAUGUUCAAACUUAAUGGUGAUAAUUUGAGUAUGGUUGAGACAUCUGAAGAAGGAAAACAGCUUUCACUUCCUAACGUUCAAAAAAAAAUGGACACUUGGAAUCAGACAGAGGAUAUAACCGUAUCUGAGCUUUUGAAUUCUACCCAGAUUGGAAAAUGUAAGGUUGUGGCUACAAUCUAUGCUAUAGAUACCAACUAUGCAUGGUUUAAGCUGCAUUUGAAGGUUAAAGAUGAUACAGCUGAAACAAAAUUGCUUCUUCUUGAUUGGAUUGCUUCCCCAUUGUUAGGAGUUAAAGCUGAAAAAAUUUUGGAUGGUUCAUUGGAAGAGCUAGAGGAUCCCGAGAUGUUGCCUCCAUGUAUCAUCGAUAUUGUUGGGAAGACAUUUAAGUUUGGUGUUGAUGUGGUAAAAGAUAACAUCAGUAAGGGAUAUGAAAUUUAUAAGGUUCUAAAAGUGUGGUCAGUCUACAACACAUUAAUGGUUGAUUCCCAGUCAGAUGCUAUUAUAGAGACCGGGGCAUCAACACAUUCUGUUUCUGAGGGAUCCCUAUUAACUUACAGUGACGAGAGUUCUGGCUUGGCGAAGACUCCUUCUAAGCGAUCACAAUACGAGUUAGGAGACCUGACAGACACCAACUCCACAUCAAAGACGCGGCCUACAAAAAUUAUCAAAGUAGAAAAGAUGAGCAAUGAAGAACUAAGCUUAAAGAAAAGUGACUACCGCAACAAAUGA